AUGUAUCUCAGGCAAGAAAGGAAAUCUGGCAUCAAGGUAACAGGUAACGUAAACUACACUCCCGACCACAGCCACCAUCCCCAGCAACCACCACAGCCACCAUCCCCAGCAACCACCACAGCCACCAUCCCCAGCAACCACCACAGCCACCAUCCCCAGCAACCACCACAGCCACCAUCCCCAGCAACCACCACAGCCACCAUCCCCAGCAACCACCACAGACCCAAUCAUCCCCACUUCCAGCAACCACCACAGACCCAACCAUCCCCAGCAACCGCCACAGACCCAACCAUCCACACUUCCAACAACCACCACAGACCCAACCAUCCACACUUCCAGCAACCACCACAGAUCCAACCAUCCCCACUUCCAACAACCACCACAGAUCCAACCAUCCCCACUUCCAACAACCAUCACAGACCCAACCAUCCCCAGCAACCACCACAGAUCCAACCAUCCCCACUUCCAAUAACCAUCACAGACCCAACCAUCCCCACUUCCAACAACCACCACAGACCCAACCAUCACAACUUUCAGCAACCACCACAGACCCAACCAUCCAGACUUCCAACAACCAUCACAGAUCCAACCAUCCCCACUUCCAGGAACCACCACAGACCCAACCAUCCAGACUUCCAACAACCAUAA